AUGUUUAUCUACCUAAUUCUUCUAGUGCUAGUCUUAAUCCUAAAAUGGUUUCAACAACAUUUUUCAUAUUGGAAGGAUAGCGGAGUUGCUUAUUUAAAACCAACUUUCUCAGUUUGGAAUGUACGAGAUAAUAGGCUGAAAAUCAACCUGUAUUCCCUUAGCGAGCAGUGGUACAAACAACUGAAAGGACGUGGCACCUUCGGAGGAGUAUUUUUCUUCGCUCAGCCCAUUGCUAUUGCAUUGGAUUUGGAUUUUAUGAAAAGUGUUCUGGUAAAAGAUUUUCAGCACUUCCAGAAUCGGACUGCCUACUACAAUGAAAUUGACGAUCCACUAUCGGCCAAUUUGAUAACUCUGGAUGGGACUAAAUGGAAAAACAUGCGUUCAAAAUUAACACCGAUCUUCUCGUCCGGAAAAAUGAAAAUGAUGUUUCCAUUGGUAGCGGGUGUAGCAAACGUGUUCAUCGAAAUGCUAGCUCGAGAAGUUGCGAAAGAAGAGGAUAUCGAAAUGAAAGAUCUUCUCGGACGAUUUACCACGGACAUAAUUGGUUUCUGUGCGUUUGGAAUAGAGUGUAAUAGCUUGAGCGAUCCGGAUGCGGAAUUUCGCGUGAAAACAAGUAACAUUUUCAAGUUUGGUUUCCCUGUUCUGAAAAUAGCUGCAGCACAAAAGUUUCCGUCCAUCGCCAGAGCGAUAUAUAUCAAGUUAUAUGAACCUGAAGUAUCCGCUUUUUUCCUGAACGCGGUUCAAAACAAUGUUCAGUACCGUGAGGAGAACAACGUGCAACGAAAUGAUUUUCUGAGUUUACUGAUGAAGUUUAAAAAUGAAAAAUCAGUGAGAAAUAAAAGUGGAAAUCAGCUGGGAACACUAACGAUUGAGGAAAUUGCCUCCCAGGCCUUCAUAUUUUUCUUGGCUGGUUUCGAAACUUCAUCUACCGUCAUGUCUUGCUGUCUGUAUGAGCUCGCAAUGAAUUCGGACAUUCAAGAGAAAGCGCGAGCAAAUGUAAUGAAAUCAAUAGAGAAAUAUGGAUCGAUUAACUAUGAAGCGAUUCAAAAUAUGAAUUUUCUUGAACAAUGCAUAAAAGAAACACUUCGAAAAUACCCACCAGUGGGGAUAACGACUCGACAAGUCAGCAAGGACUACCAAGUGCCGGACAGCGAUGGUGUUAUUCUACAACGUGGAACAACAUUGAUUGUGCCGAUACAUGCUAUACAUCAUGAUCCUGAGUAUUAUCCGGACCCAGAAACCUACGAUCCAAACCGCUUUAGCCCAGAGCAGGUGGCCCAGCGAAAUCCAUUUUGCUUCAUCCCAUUCGGUGAAGGACCUCGAAUUUGCAUUGGGUUGCGAUUCGGAAUGAUGCAAAUUCGCAUUGGACUUGCGCAUCUGUUAAAACACUUUCGCUUUACUUUGUCGAGUAAAACGUCUGUGCCUUUGCCGUUAUCCACCGACCAUCCGUCAACCGACAGCAUCACAAACCCGACCAUGAUCUAA